AUGAACAUUAGAGUUUUCUACAAGAGUCUGUCGUUUUUACUGGGGUUUUUCUCCGUUCAAACAAAGGCAGGAAUAGAAGUGAACGUAGCAGCAUGGGGAACAGCCGUUCAUUCUUCAGAUUCUUCCAACUGGUAUGCCCCAAACGCUCUGGAUGGGUUGAGCUACACCUGUACUCAUACUACGACACAAACUGACCCGUGGUGGAAGCUGGAUCUGAUGAAGACGUAUGGUGUGAACAGAGUGAGCAUCACUAACAGAGCCGAAUGCUGUGAAAGCAGGAUAGAUGGGGCAGAGAUUCGGAUUGGAAACAACUCUUCAGAUCUUCUCAGCAACCCAGUAUGUGCUGUAGUUUCUACUAUUCCAGCAGGAGCUACCUACAGCUACUCGUGUCAUGGGAUGGAGGGACGUUAUGUUACUGUGAAUAUUCCUGGAACUUCAAAGAUUCUUACUCUCUGUGAAGUGGGAGUCUAUGUGAUUUUUCCAGAUAAUUUGGCAACAGGAAGAACCGUCACACAGUCAUCAACCUAUGGCACCUGGUUAGCUCAAAAGGCCAUUGAUUUAAAUCCAGGUUUAACAAAGUCAUAUUCAGCAUGUUCCUCAACCAGUGCUCAGACUAACCCAUGGUGGAGGGUGGAUCUGAGUUCUGUGUACCGAGUUAGUAGAGUUGUCAUCACAAACAGAAUAGACUGCUGUGCAGAACGAUUAAAUGGAACGGAGAUUCGCAUUGGAAACUCUUUGGAGAACAACGGCAACAACAAUCCCAUAUGUGCUGUGAUUUCUAGCAUUCCAGCUGGUGUUUCCUCCACCUACAUAUGUAACAAUAUGGAGGGUCGAUACGUGAAUCUGAUCAUUCCUGGAUAUUCAAGGUUUCUUACUCUGUGUGAGGUGGCGGUCUAUGGAGAAGGUGUUUUAUUUAAGAGAACCUUUGUGAAGAUGAAACUGAAGUCCAGUUCGAGUCUGUCUGAACCUGCAGCGACAGCCCAGAUCCUGUCACAGCUUCAAUCUGCUCUGGCAAAACGAGGGAUUUCUGUCAUGAUGCUGCAAUGGUCUCAACCACCCAAACAGGAAGUGAUGCGGAAGCAAGCUGCACCGGGAAAACGUUCCUAG